AUGUUAGAUUCUGAAGAAGCACCUGCAUUUAUCAACCGCCGCGGGUACGUGGAGUACAGCGGCAUUUUUGCUAGGCCCUUACAGGACAGUGUGCUGGAAUGGGUAGCCGAAGUCCAAGGCCUCAAGGAUUCGCUUUGGGAAGGGGCUGUGCUUCAGCUGUCACUGACAUACAGUGAAAAUUACAACGAUGUCCCUCCAACUGUUAGGUUCAACACUAUUCCCUUCCAUCCCAAUGUGGAUCAGUACUCUGGAAGGCCGUGUAUAGACUUCCUUGACAACCCUGAGGAGUGGAAAGAAAAGUUAACAAUAAGCAACAUUUUACUUGCUAUUCAGGUGAUGCUUUCAAACCCAGUAACAGAAAAUGCAGUGAAUGCAGAAGCAGCAGAAAUGCUGAAAAAUGACAUGCCUCUUUAUAGGCAAAUGGUUAUGCAGUGUGUUAGAAAUAGCCUGCAUCCUGAAGAACUUCCUCAUACUGAGAAAGAUCAUGUUUCUUCUUUGAAGUUUUACCAGCCAACUGAAGGAUCUUCUGUGGACUUUGCUAGUUAUUUUUAUAGAAACAGGAGUAAUAAGAAUGAGAUAACGCAGAGCUUUCGGAGGGCGCCAAGGCAGGCGGUGCUGGCCGGCCGCAAGCAGCAGACCAGAGUCUUGUGCGAGUUCGCCAGGUUUUUGGCGGAGGCCACUCCCUUGUUCUGUAUUUAUGUUUUCAGAGGGAUUAAGAGAAUUUCGUUUGAAGAUUACCACAGGACAUGGUCUAAAAUAGCUACAUCAAAAGCAAGAGAUCACUUUAGAGACUCAUUUAUUGCAGAUCCCGAAUUCAUAGGGAACUGGAAGGCAAAAAAUGAGAAAGGAACUGCAGAUUCAGAUGAGGAUACGUAA